GGAGUCAAGGGCCCCCCCAAGAUGGCUGCCCCCAUCAAGAUCACAGAGUGGGUUUCUUCCUAGUCUAGUUUCUGGCUGAUGCCCCUUAUUUCCCUAGCACCACAACCUUCCUCCCGCUUUUUGCCAGGACGCCGCCUGCUGUUUUUUGUUUUUGUUUUGCAUAUGUGCCCAAUUAUCCGAGCUUCUCCUUCUCCUGUGCAUGCUCCAGAUCUUGCUUUAGAAGCCUCUCGUGAGCAUCCGAAGCAUGCACUGACAGGAUUUCCCCUGCUCAGAACCCUCAUAUCCUUUCUCUUCCCUUGCAGACCCCGCACCCUGCAAACCAGGUCCUGCUUUACGUAGCUGACCUGGCAAGCUUCUUGUGAAACUUCGUUAACACGUUGGCAAUAAAUAUCCGAAGAAGCGAGUUGUCCUGGGAUGUUGGGAGUGGUUAUCAUGGCUGCGGCUUCUGGAGUUAAAGCGCUCCUCUGCUUAAAACCUGGCGUUACUGUAUUCUUUUCUUUAAACUGAGAGGCAGGAAGAGUAUAACCUUAAAAAGCAAACAAACGCCAAACCAAUGGGCCAAAGCUAAGCUUCUUAGCGUGUUUCUAGAGGGCCAUGGGGAACAUGCUGUCCCCUAUGCCUGGGCUGCGCAGGGGGGCGCAUCGGAAGGAGCCGCUUGCUAACCCGGGCAGCUUCGAUGAGCUCCAUCGGAAAUGCAAAGAAGUCUUCCCUCAGCAGACAGAAGGAGUCAAGCUUAUCAUUAAUAAAUCCCUCACCAGCCAUUUUCAGGUGACCCAUACUAUUCACAUGAGCACAAUUGGCCAAUCAAGCUAUCAUCUCAAUGCAACGUAUGUGGGAGACCAGCAGUUGAGCCCCACAGAAGCCUUCCCGACACUCAUUGGAGACAUUAAUAAUGCUGGGAGCCUCAACGCUCAGGUGCUCCACCUACUAGCUGAGCGGAUACGGACAAAAGCUGUAUUCCAGACUCAGCAGUCCAAAUUCGUGACUUGGCAGUUUGAUACCGAGUACCGAGGAGAUGACUACACUGCCACCCUGACGCUGGGCAACCCUGACUUGAUCAGCGAGUCGAUCAUUGUCGUGGCACACUUCCUGCAAAGCAUCACUUCGCGGUUAGUUCUUGGCGGGGAAAUGGUGUACCACAGGCGGCCGGGUGAAGAGGGGGCCAUCGUCACACUUGCCGGGAAGUACACAGCCCUCAAAUGGAUAGCCACCCUGAACCUUGGCUAUGGCGGGGCUCACGCUAGCUAUUAUCACCGUGCCAAUGACCAGAUCCAGGUAGGGGUAGAAUUUGAGGCCAACACUCGGCUGCAAGACACGAGCUUUGCCUUUGGUUAUCAGCUCACGCUGCCACAGGCCAACAUGGUUUUCAGAGGUUUCCUGGACAGUAGCUGGUGUGUAGGGGCUGUCCUGGAGAAGAAGCUCCCCCCUCUGCCUGUCACCCUGGCCUUGGGCGCCUUCCUCAACCACUGGAAGAACCGGUUCCAUUGCGGCUUCAGCAUCAUUGUGGGCUGAGCACCCUGAAGAUCCAUCUCUCUCUCAACUGUGUGAGGCCGUUGGAUUUGAUUUUGCGAAGCUGCUUGGCCAGAGGGGACCCCCGUUCUGUCCGUGUGUCUGUGUGUUUUGUGUGGGCAGAGCGGGGCACUUCACCACAGACUUCUGCAGCGGGGCAGUGAUGAUUUGGGCCCCCCCAGCAUCCUCCCAGAGUGUCUGCAUCACAGUCCUGCCUUGAGGAGGUCCACGGAUUUUUAUUUUUAUAUUUUUUUGUCUCCAGAAGGACAUUUAAUGUUAUUGGUGUGGCAGGGAGGGUGAUGUGCUCUCCUCCGAAAACAUGACCAUGUAUUGUUUUCUUCCAGGUUGCGCAAGGCAUAUAUUCCGCGGCAGGUGUUGUGGUGUGGGUGAUGGGGCAGGGUGCUUGUGGAAGGACGGAUGCCUUCGUUUGCUGGGGCUUGGAGAAUGUCGAUCAUGGCAAUCCCUUGAGGAACUGGGAAUCGCCAUCACUACGUCGGUUCUGGUCCGAAGCUCUGAAUUUUGAAGAGGGUGGCAUGCCAGGGUGGGCUUGUGGGCAUCGUGUCACUCCCCAUGCCUGGGACUAUGAAAAGGGCAAGGGCUGUGGCUUCCAUGUAGUGAUGGCUUGGAAUAUAAUUAAAAUCAUGCUGGGGACAUCCCACCCCCCUCAAAAAUGUGUGUCUUGUUCGUGCUUAUUAGGGGGGAACUGCAGGAAAGUUUGCCUGUGAUGUGCUUUGCCCACCCAGUCGCCAGGCAGGAUAAAACUAAGGUAUUGCAUCUAAUAUGUUAGCUGUCUUCUAAAAAAGCAGGGUUUCCCAAACUUGGGUCUCCAGCUGUUUUUAGACUACUGGGUUUUUUUUAGACUACUAUUCCCAUCAUCCCUGACUUGUUAGCUAGGUCCUGAUGGGAGUUGUAGUCCAAAAAAAGCGAUUGGAUGGGAAACAGAAUUUUCGACUUGACCCUGGGGGUGAUCCAUCGGGGGCUGCUGUUCUGUUCUGUUAAAAUUCCUUGGGGGUGAUGGAAGAGCUCAGCGUAGGAAUGAAGGAAAGAAGCAGGAGACCUCAAAGGUGUACUAGGAGCAAAUUUUAUUAAGGCUUCAAGCCUUUGAGCUGCAGUUCACUUCACUUGCCCCUGAAGAAAUCUCUCAAAGAGCUAGCUGGAAACCUCUUUUACGCUGUCUAUUAGUAACUAAUUAUGGCCAGCUUGAGGGCCUUCUGGUAGUUCCCUCACUGCUAGAAGUGACGUUACAGGGAAGCAGGCAGAGGGACUUCUCAAUAAUGGCGCCCACCCUGUGGAACGCCCUCCCAUCAGAUGCCAAGGAGAUAAAUAAUGAUACGACUUUCAGAAGACAUCUGAAGGCAACCCUGUAUUGGGAAGUUUUUAAUGUCCGAUGUUUCGUUGUGUUUAUUCUGUUGGAAGCCACCCAGAGUGACUGGGGCAACCCAGUCCGAUGGGCAGGGCAUAAGUAAUAAAUUCUCAUCAUCAACAUCAUCACGUUUUCCUGCUCGAAAGUCACUUGGAAAAGUG